AUGUCCGUGCUCAUCGAUGCGUGGAAGCGCUCAGACCAGGUGACUUACACUCGUGGUGGAAAUCCUCGCCCUCCAUCGAUAGAAGUGGUCGUGUCGUGGGUGACCACAGCUUGGCGUCAGGUUCCGGACAGUGUCGUGCAGCGGAGUGUGGGUAAGUGUGGCUUCUUUGAAGACUCGAGCGACUGGUUUAUCAGUAACCACGACGUGUACGGCUCGCAGUUCAAUGCUGCCUGGGGCAGCCGCAGCGAUGCGAGCUCUGCCUCCAGUAUCGAGGACGACACUAACAGCACUUUUGAUGAGUUGUGUGACACUCUCGACGAGAUUGUGAUCGAUGAGUAG